UGACGGAUAUUUUGGAGAAAAUUGUAUCAGCAUAUGUAAUAGAACAUGUAAAGGAUGCAACAAAACAAACGGCAUUUGUGACAAUGGAUGUUAUCCUGGUUGGAAAGGAGAAUUCUGUCAUGAAGUAUGUAAUGAUGGAUUUUACGGAGAUAAUUGCAGCAUGGUUUGUGGAAACUGUUUAUGGUCCGAACAAUGUCAGCCAAAUAACGGGACAUGUCAAAAUGGCUGUGAUGAAGGCUUUGAAGGGAUGUUGUGUAAUGAGACUUGCGAAAACGGAACAUUUGGACGAAACUGUGUCGAAACGUGCAAUAAUACAUGUAAAGGAUGUAACAGAACAAAUGGAAUUUGUGACAAUGGAUGUUAUCCUGGUUGGAAAGGAAAAUUCUGUCAUGAAGAAUGUGAUGAUGGAUUUUUUGGAGAACAAUGUAGCAUGAUUUGUGGACAAUGUAAGAACUCUGAGGAAUGUCACUCGGUCAAGGGAACGUGUUCAAGUGGUUGCUUCGCUGGAUAUGAAGGACAGUUUUGCAAUAAAUCAUGCAGCGACGGAUACUUUGGGCAAAAUUGUGUCAGCAAGUGUAAUGAUACAUGUAUAGGAUGUAACAGGACAGGUGGGCUUUGUGAUAAUGGAUGCUAUCCUGGCUGGAAAGGUGCUUACUGUCAUGAAGUUUGCAACGGAGGAUUCUAUGGAAGUAAUUGUAGUAUGCCUUGUGGAUACUGUGUAAACUUAGAACAAUGCCAGGCUAUUAAUGGGACAUGUAUGAAUGGUUGUGAUGAAGGAUAUGAAGGGACUUAUUGCAACAAAACCUGCGAAAACGGAACAUUUGGACACAACUGCCUGGAGACGUGCAACAGCACUUGUUAUGGCUGUAACAGAACAAAUGGUAAAUGUGAAACUGGGUGUCAUCCAGGAUGGAAAGGAGAUUAUUGUCAUGAAGAAUGUAAUGAUGGGUUCUUUGGCGAGUAUUGUAACAUGACUUGUGGUCAUUGCAAGAAGUCAGAGGAAUGUAGCCCAAUAAAUGGAACGUGUUUGGAUGGAUGUUCUGGGGGCUAUGAAGGGCAACUAUGUAACAAAACAUGCCGGAAUGGAUACUUUGGAGAAAACUGUGUGUACAGGUGUAAUGAUACAUGUAAACAAUGUGACAGAUUUAGUGGUGCAUGUGGAAGUAUAUGUCAUCCUGGUUGGAAAGGAGAAUUCUGUCAUGAGGAGUGCGAUGAGCAUCGGUAUGGAGAUGGUUGUAAUGAGACCUGUGGUAAAUGUGUGGACAGCGAACCUUGUCAUCACGUCAAUGGUUCCUGUGUUAAUGGCUGUGGAUCUGGAUAUCAUGGAAAUAAAUGUGAUAAAGUUUGUGAAUUUGGGUUUUACGGACCUAACUGUAAAAGUGCAUGCAGUACAUUUUGUAAAACAUCACGUGACUGUCAUCACGUGACUGGUGCCUGUAAAUUGGGCUGUAUAUCUGGAGUGAAGGGGAGUGAAUGUCUACAGGUCCAAGACUACCAAACAUACUUCUUUGGUGUUCUUGGUGCACUUUGCUUCACUCUCUUUGUAAUCCUGUUGUGUGUGCUCUACAAAAUAAUUCAAAGGAUAAAUCACCCGAGAACAAUGACAGAAAAAUCAUAUUUUGUCAGCGACUCUUCCAUUCCCCAAAAUGAAGAUGUGUCUUUGCUCAAAAAGGACGAUCAGCCAGUUUUAUUGAAUCAUGAGAAUCCAGUGAUGCUAAAAUUGGAAACACCUUCCAACUACUACACUAAGCUUUAG